GCCCCAAGAGGUUAGACACUGCAGACGAGACACACUGUAGGUGAGAAUGCAGGAGAGAGUUCUGUCAGUUUUACAGCUCAGCUUUGCAGCAUUUGAAAAGCCAGAGCCAGUAACCCUUUCCAUUCCAGUACAUAUGAUACUGCACACAUAAUUAGGGGAAAGAUCACUAACGUGUAAUUAAGCACCUUUGUACUCCAGGAAGUAGCAACAUUUCUCAAUAAACCUGCUCUAAAGUGAAAGCAAAGAUUUCUGUUCAGGUCUGAACUUGGCCAUGAGAGACAGAACUAUACGACCGACUAAGAACUAAAGCUAAGUUGCUGCAAGAUGGUCUUCCAGGGGGUGCAGGAGAGACCCCCAAAGUUCCUCUGGAUCCUACUGUUGUAUCUCUCACUGCCGGACACAGAUGCCCUGGGAAUUAAAAUGGGUGAGUCACUGGUUAAAGCACUGCGGGACCAUGAUGUGUUCAUACCAUGUACCAUUACUGGAUAUUCAGAACUGGAUACCACCCAACUCUCUGUCACGUGGACUAUAACUAAUAAAGCUGCAACAAACCAAAUUGUCUAUAAGUUUCUCUCCCAAUCCCACCAGCCCACCCGGCCGGGAUCCUACAUUCCAACCAGUGAGCUUAUAACAGGCAAUGCUGGACUUCACUUACCCCGGGUUCAGUUCACAGAUGAAGGAGAAUAUACCUGCACUGUCUUUUAUACCCCAGAUAAAGAUGAAGGACAGUCUGCCCUGCAGGUGUCAGUACAACCAACGGGCAUUGUGGCACCUACUGAUGUUGUAGUUCAGACUGGGUCGGAAAAGUCAGUGAUGUGUGAAGCCAACGGGUUUUACCCAAAAGAUAUAACAAUUCAGUGGGUAAAGUACCUGAAUGACUCCAACUGUGUCCCACUCAACAAAGGAACCUGCACCACUGACCCAAUCGGCAAUAAAGACGGAACAUUCAAUAUAUCGAGUCAUCUGACAGUUACCCCUAGACUAGACGAAGAUGGAGAUGAAUAUUCAUGUAUCAUUUCCCACAGAUCCUUGAAAAAAGAACAGAAACUGAAUUUUACUCUGACUGUAAAAGAACAAGAUGACAAAACCAGUCAAGUUAUUGGAGCUGUAGUCGCAACAGUCGUUGUAACAUUUAUUGUGGUCUUAGCUGCCUCUGGUUAUGUUACUUUCAUCAAAAAACAGCCCCCAAGACUCUCUCCCAUUACUGGAGCAGAACAUUUGGUGCAUAUGAACAAGGGGACUCUGUCCUGCCAGAUCUCUGGUUACCGCCCAGAACCCAUCAAGAUUGUAUUGUGCUUGAAAAGGAAAGGGGCAGAACUGGAGGCUAUUUGCUCCUGGGAAUCAGAGCCACAAACUGAUCAAUCUUCAAAGAGAGAGGAACAAUCUGUGGCCAUUAAUUUCGAUGAGACCCAACACUUAGUGAGUUAUGGAGACAGUCACCUGCCCCCGGCACAGAGGCCUCUGCGAGUGGAAAUGUUUUCUCUGAUAAAAACAAACAAAAAGCGUAUUUCCAACUGUCAGUGCACAAUCCAUAUAACUCCCAAUUUAGAAGAAGACGAUGGAGCAGAACUGUCAGUGUGGGUCACUCACCGUGCUCUGAGUGUUCCCAGCUCUGUUAGUUGUCCUCUGAAGGUAGAAGGAGUUAGACCCAAACUCUUCACCAUUGUAUUUCCACUUCGUAUCAUCCACGGAGAAUCCCUGACUCUGACCUGUCCCAUCAAUGGAUUCAAGCCAAAGCCACUCUCCGUUAUUUGGAUAAGGUUGGACUUGGAGGGUCUGGAAACUGAAAUUGUGUCCUGGGAAGAUGGAAAAAGCAACAUAAAAUAUUCUAGAUAUUCACAUUGCCUGAAAGAGAAUAUACAUGAAGACUAUUCCAGCAGCUUUCUAAGUCAAUUGACCGUAAAGCCAACAGUAAAGGAAGACCAUGGAGUAAAAUAUAUCUGCAGAACUUUUCAUUAUGCAACAAAUACUGGUGCAGAAGAAAGAAUGGAAAUGUGUGUUUUAGCUGUUCCAGAACUGCAUCAAAUCAAGACAUUUCCAGAGAUUCCAUGUGUUGGGGAAGAGAUAAAGUUCUCUUGCAAAAUCCAUUCCUUCCACCCCCAAAAGUUAGAAGUUUCCUGGUAUAAAGGGAAUGAAGUCUUGUCAACAGAGAACAGCACAACUGCUGCAAAUGAUAAUGGUCUGUUGAGUUUCACCAGCCGCAUAACAUACAGCCCUUGUGUGAGGGACAUUGGGAAGAAGUUCAGGUGUGAGGUCUCUCAUCUAAGUCUCCAAAAUCCUAAAUGUGUUUCCUGGGAACUAAAACAUCUCAUUCAUAAGCCAAGUGUAGGACCCAUGGAAUGCAAUCCUGAAAUUCUGGAGCACAACCAACUGGCAACAUUAUCAUGUAUUAUAAAGGAUUUUUAUCCUAAAGACCUCUCGAUUCAAUGGUACAAAGGACCAGAAGCUGUUUCUUGUGAUAAUUAUACAGAGGUCCUACAGGAAGACCAAACAUCAGGACUUUUCUCCAAAACCACAGAAAUGUCAUUUAUUCCUUCCAUUAAUGACCAUGGGACAGAGUUCCAGCUGGAGGUUACUGCCGGGGCACAAGUUGUCAAAAGAACAAUCUGUAUUGAACUUAAAGGGCUGCCACAAGUUAAAGAUAUCAUUUGCAGUAAUCUCUCCCCAAAAUAUGGGAAACCCCUAACACUAAGCUGUGAGGUGAGUGGAUGCAAUGUCCGAGACAUCACAGCGGAAUGGCAAAUGGGAAAUAAUCCAAUAACAACAAGAAUGAGAGCAGAAACCCAAACAAAUGGAAAUUCUGUCUCAUUCCUCCUCACAUUGACGCCUACAGCAGAGCAUUAUGGGAAAUUAUUCACCUGCCUGAUAAAGCACAACGAUCUUAAGCAGCCAAUGAAGAAGAAUAUCUCUCUGCGGCUGCCGGAUGUCCCACCCACCUUAUCUGACAUUACAGUGUCCCCCAAAAGACCUGAGGCCAACAGAGAAGCCAUCUUCCAUGUCUCCAUUUCUGGAUUCUCAGCAAAAGGCCUCCAAGUGAAGUGGCUGAAAUCCUUUAUUCCCCUUACAGCAAAUAUAACAACCACAGAGCCCCACAUAGGAAAGGAUGAGUUAUACAGUUGCACUAGCACAUUGAAAUACACCCUGACCGACACCGACCAUAACAAGUUCAUUCGAUGUGAAGUCACUGCCAACAGGGAAAUCAAGGGAAAGCAGUUCCAGUUAGACCUUAGAGGGGAUGAAACCGAGGGCAAGCAACCCCUAAAUGCACCUGAAGACAACAAAGUUCCGUUGCAAAAGACAGUAGAAGUGAAAGAGAUUGAGUGUGUGACCCCCAACCCCAGGAAGGGAGAGGUAGUUACCCUUCAGUGUAUGAUUAAAGGACAAGAUGUGAAACAUGGAGACUUCUCCUGGAGUGAUGGAAUAUUCCCCAUUGAUGAAAGCCUCAUAGAUAACUCCAGCCUCACUGAUGGAUCCGGCUGUAUCUCCAAGGUCACCUUCACCCCUGAACAUGGCAAAAUUCGAUUUGAGACCACGUUUAAUUUUGUUACCACUGAGAGAACCUACCAACUGCAGCUGGCAUGAGAUUUAUGUGUUACUGGGGAUCUAUAUAAAUAUAUUGACUGUAGGAAAUGCUCUUCAACAAGCGCAGGAGAACCAUAACAUGAGCCUUCAGGAUACAGAGGUUUUGGGUAAAUUGCUUUACAGAUAGGGAUGUAGCGAACUGCCGAUUUGGUGUUCGCGAACGCCGUUCGCGAACACCGGCAAAAAAUGCGAACG